GUUUCGACUAGAGUUGUUUGUGUUGAAAAAUUCUUUGUUGAUAAUCAUUUUCCAAACACUUUUCCACAUCCGAUUGGGAACCUGUGCUCCUAGACUAAAAGGACCAUGUCGGACGAGUACCAGCACGCGGCCCGCGGCAAGCUGAAGCUCAAGUGCGACUCCGAGAUCAAGAAGAAGAAGAAGAAAAAGAGCAAGGAUAAGGACAAGGAAAAGCUGCGGGAAAAGGUCGAGAAGAGCCUGGAACAGAGCGGGAGCGGAAGUGGCCAGCAGCAGCAGGUAAAGCCAACCGGGCGGGUUCUGACGAAGGCGGAGGAGUCGUUCAAAAAGAUGCAGGAGAAAAUGCAAAAGAAACGCAUCAUGGAAAAGGCAUCGAUGACCCACAAGCAACGGGUGGAGCAGUUUAAUCAGCAUUUGGACGGCCUCACGGAACACUUUGAUAUUCCCAAGGUUUCGUGGACGAAAUAAGCUGACGGGUGUAAUUUAUCUCUAUUUUUAACCACUAAUAUAUCAUGAAUAUAAAAAAUUUACGGAAAUGAAA